UUUAGUUAACGAAACGAACGAGAAGCGAGCGUCGCGCAAAAAAAAAGGCAUUGAAAACAAGAAGAAGGAGAAGAAGAAGAAGAAAACCGUCGCAAAAUCCCAUUUAAUUGUUGAAUUUUAGCCAAACGUGCAAUGAUUUUUUUUGUGUGACGGCAGCGCCUCAAAUAUAUAAUAGAUAUUUAAACCACAAUUUACAUAAUUAUAAUUUGCAACGAUAUCGAACGAAAAGCGCAAAGUUGACUACAACUUUUGCCAAUUAACGAACAAUUAAACGAACUCUACUUGUUAUCAGUAUUUUCUGUACAAACGAAAAACGAACAACAACGGCAGCAAUAGAAAAAAAAAAAAAAAAAAGAAAAAGUAAACUCAACGAUUAUUUCUUUUUUAUUUUUGGUGCCGUUUGAAUUAUUAUUCGCGGCAAGCGUGAAAAAUAUUAACUCGAAAGCUCAGUUCAGUCUGCGAAGCGUCUUGGCAGCGUGUGAACCACAAAUCUGCGUCGCUAUUGAAAAACUGGGCCCAAAGCGAACAACGAAACUAAACACAAAAAGGAAACAACAUAAAUAAAUAUUAAUAAAUAUAUAAAUCUUUGAAGAAUUGAAUUUGCGCGUGCGAAAUAGGGACAGAACACACAUAUAAUUAUAUUAACAAAUAUAUACAUACAUAUAUAUAUCUGUCUGUGUAUGUGUGCGUGUGCGUGUAUCUCUGUGCUGAUAAGCCCCCCGCAGGCGUUGUUUAGUUUAAAAUAUAUAAAUAUAUAUGCCAGAGCCAAAGGGCCCAACAGAACGUAGGCGUAUACGUAAUAUUAGCUACAAUUGAACUCUUCAAGGAAUUUCCAGAAACAACGAACAAGUUCAACGUGUUAACUGACAUAGGUUGUCAAUAGCAGCAGCAGCAGCACAACGACGCGCGUGGAAAAGAAAUCCCAGCGUUUGCAUCAUAUAACAUCAUCAUCAUCAACGACACAAGCGUCAUCAUCGUCGUCCUCGUCGUCUUCCUCGUCAUCAACGUCUUCGGAAAUGAAGGCAGCCGCCGUCAAGCGCGAUCUCACUGAUAUCAAAAUGUCCAUGUCGGAAAUAGAGCGUCUGACAGCGGCGCCAACGCAAACGCGACACCAUCCAUCGAUUGAUGACCUCAAGAGUCUCAAUAGCAAAGAUGCCAUAACGCAGUUAAAAAAGAAAAUGCGCGCCUCAUUCGAGAAUCUGGUUGAUGGCGAUGAUGAUGGCAGUUGCCAUGGCAUUGUUACGACUCCGGAUGGCGAUGACGAUUGCACACAUCAACAUUUUGGCAGCGGGCUGGAUCUGACACAUCCAGCGGCGGCACAGCUGAGCGCCAGCAGUGGGCUAAGUGGCUCGAAUAAAACGAUUGACACCAUCAAAUUUGAGGAGAAGCGUUCCAAAUCUAUGGCCACCACAAAAGUGGUCGCCGACGGCUUCAGCUCCGAGCAGGCGACCAGCAAUUCGGCCGAAAUGAAACGUCUCCAGGCCGGGGAUAUUGAUUACAAAGAGGCUAAGGCUGCGUCAGCGGUUAGCAAUCGCCUGAAUAUGGAUGGCGUCAAAACAGAGGAGAAUGCGGCCGUCCUGCAGGAAGCGCUCUCGCUGCGCACCGGCGACAUCACACAGCAGGCGAGCAACAAGGUGGCCGCCGCCAGUAUUAAAGUGCAGAGCGACAAUUUCUCGGCGGACAAGAAGGCCAUCUCGCAGUCGCAGCAAUCGCAGACCAUGACAUCGAAUGGCAUCAUUAGCCAGGAGAAGCAUGUCUCAUCGGCCUCACAGGCGAAUUACUCGAUGACGCACAAGGGCGUAUCCAGUACGGGCAGCAGCAUGAUCUCUUCCUCCUCGCAAAUGUCCGCCACCAACGGCCAGAUGAUCAAGCUAAAGGAUCUCAAGCUCGACGAUCUGAAAUCCCUGACCGCAGGCAGUGGCCAGCAGGAAAUCGAGCAGGCGAUCAGCAAGUAUUCAAAUGUCCUCACCUCGUUUGUCAGCUCGCUGCAGGAUGAGGACAGCAGCGUGGCCGCCGGCGGCGAGAAGUCCGUCUAUCUGCAAAAGAUCAACGAGGUGAUCCGACGCGCCUGGGCGGUGCCCACGCACGGACACGAGCUGGGCUACUCGCUGUGCAAUUCGCUGCGCCAGAGCGGUGGUCUCGAUCUGCUCAUGAAGAACUGUGUGCAGCACAACGAUCUGCAGUUCUUCUCCGCCCAGCUGCUCGAGCAGUGCCUGACCACGGAGAAUCGAUCGCAUGUGGUGGACAAUGGACUCGACAAGGUGGUCAAUGUGGCCUGCGUGUGCACCAAGGAGACCAAAAAUAUGGAGCAUUCGCGCGUCGGCACCGGCAUACUGGAGCAUCUCUUUAAGCAUUCCGAGGGCACCUGCUCCGAUGUCAUCCGCUUGGGUGGCUUGGACGCACUGCUCUUCAAGUGUCGCACCAACGAUGUGGAAACGUUGCGUCACUGCGCCAGCGCCUUGGUCAAUCUGUCGCUAUAUGGCGGCGCCGAGAAUCAGGAGGCGAUGAUAAUGCGCAACGUGCCCAUGUGGCUGUUCCCGCUGGCGUUCCACUACGACGACAACAUCAAGUACUAUGCCUGCCUGGCCAUUGCCGUGCUGGUCGCCAACAAGGAGAUCGAGGCGGAGGUGCUCAAGUCCGGCUGUCUGGAUCUCGUCGAGCCAUUUGUCACCACACACGAUCCGUAUCAGUUUGCCAAGUCGAAUCUGUCGCACGCCCACGGCCAGAGCAAGCACUGGCUGGAGCGUCUGGUGCCGGUGCUGAGCUCCAAUCGCGAGGAGGCGCGCAAUCUGGCGGCCUUCCAUUUUUGCAUGGAGGCGGGCAUUAAGCGCAAGCAGGGCAACACGGACAUCUUUCACGAGAUCGGAGCCAUCGAAGCGCUCAAAACUGUGGCCAGCUGCCCGAACGCGAUUGCCUCGAAGUUUGCGGCGCAGGCGCUGCGUCUGAUUGGUGAAACGGUGCCGCAUAAGCUGUCCCAGCAGGUGCCACUCUGGUCUGUCGAGGAUGUGCAGGAGUGGGUCAAGCAGAUUGGCUUCCACAGCUAUUUGCGCCAGUUCGAGGAGUCGCAGGUGGACGGCGAUCUGCUGCUCAAGCUGAACCAGGAGAAUCUGCGCGACGAUAUUGGCAUUGCCAAUGGCAUUCUCCUCAAGCGUUUCGAGCGCGAAUUGCAAAAUCUCAAACGUAUGGCGGACUACUCCUCCAAAGAUACGGCCAGAAUGCAUCAGUUUCUGGCCGAGAUUGGCACCGACUACUGCACCUACACAUAUGCGAUGCUUAAUGCCGGCAUCGACAAGUGCACCCUGCCCCAUGUCAACGAGGAUAUGCUGAUGACAGAGUGCGGCAUCAAGAAUGCGAUACACCGUUUGCGGAUUCUCAAUUCGGUCAAGAAUCUGGAGAACUCGCUGCCCAGCUCGUCCGAGGAGAACAUGGCCAAGACGCUGGAUGUGUUCGUCAGCUACAGGCGCUCCAAUGGCUCCCAGCUGGCCAGUUUGCUAAAGGUACAUCUUCAGCUGCGCGGCUUCUCAGUGUUCAUUGACGUGGAGCGCCUGGAGGCGGGCAAAUUUGAUAAUGGCCUACUGAACAGUAUUCGUCAGGCAAAGAACUUUGUCUUAGUAUUAACACCGGAGGCACUGCAUCGCUGCAUCAACGAUGAGGAGUGCAAGGAUUGGGUGCAUCGCGAAAUUGUGGCCGCCCUGAACUCCAAUUGCAACAUAAUACCGAUUAUGGAUCAACAGUUCACGUGGCCGGAGAACCUGCCCGAGGAUAUGUGCAGUGUGGCGCACUUUAACGGCGUCAGCUGGAUACACGACUACCAGGAUGCGUGCAUCGAUAAGCUCGAAAGAUUUUUGCGCGGCGAAAAGAAUAUCGAUCGCAUUGCAGCGAUGGCGCCUGGUACCCCCGGCGUGGUGUCAUACCAAAGAAUGCACAGCAAUGAUUCCGACUAUCAGCAGAGUGGUGGCAAUGGCGGAGGUGGAGGUGGAGGUGGAGGUGGAGUCGGUGGCGGCGUCGGCGGUGGCGCGGGCAGUGUGGUGGAUGGCCUAAUGACGGCCAAUGGCAGCGGACAAGCUAAUCACCAGGCAAAUAGAUACCGGCAAUCCCCUUCACCGGCCCGCCAGCGCGGCAGCACCUCCCUCUUGACUUAUGGGCGUGGCCAGGCAAAACGAUCCAACAUACUCCCACCAUAUCGCACACAGCAGGCGGCGCUGCUCCACAAAUCCGGCGCCGGAUCAGCGUCUAUGCAAAAUAUGACUCCGCUGGCCUAUUUGCCGCCGCGUCGCAGUUCCGCUGCCGGCCUGGGUCACAAUGCCAGCGUGGCCAAUGGCUAUCGCUCGCACAGCGUGGAUGGAUUGCUGGAUAAGGCGGCGGCGGCCGGCAGCCAGGAUAGCUUGAGCACGCCGGAGCAGCGUAUUGCGGCAGCGGCAGCUAUGGUUGCCGCUGGCAGCACGGCGCUGACCAAUGCCAGCUCGACGAGCACGCUGCAGCCAGAUGAGGAUGAGGCGGAGGAUGCGGAUGCGGAGGCGGCAGCAACCGCGGAUAUGUGCCAUGUGACGCGACGCGAGAAACAGACGCUGGCACCGCCCAAUGUGCAGCAGCAUCGCAAGUCGCGCAGCCUGGACCACAUAUUGUCCAAGCAAACGCUGGCCGAGUUGCUGCCGCCCAGCGAGCCAGCCGACGAGACGCAGAGCAUGCAGAAUCUGGCAUUGCCAUUGACGCCGCAGCCGCAGCGACGCGAAACGAGCUCCUCGUCAAAAUCGCCGACGCCGGAACGACCACCGGUGCCGCAGCGCGGUGGCGUCUAUAAUCGCCAGAGUCCCGACGGCGUCAGUUCCACGGAGAGCGAGCGCGAGGAUGCGCAGUCCGUGAGAUCGCAAACGCAAUCGCAGCAUGGCAAUCAGCAGCGGGCGGCGGCGCAUGUGCAUCGUGGUGGCAGCCAGAACAGUAAUAAGACGUCCAACUCAUCGCUGGGAUCGAACAAUAGCGCCAACAAUAAAACGAUAUUUAAUCGUACGAUGAAAAAAGUACGCUCUCUGAUCAAAAAUAAUGAACUGGAGGACGAUGAGCUGUCGGAUAUUAUCCUGUCGAAGGCAACGUCACCAAAUGCUGGCCGCAUGAUAUUUUGGUAGGCACUCACACAACAACUCAGACGAAUUUGGAAAAUUUGUAAAUAAUACUUAUAGAAAGAAAAAAAAAGACGAAUUAAAAAUACUCUACGAAAA